UGCGUGGCUAGUGUGCAGCCCAGCGAGGCUCGUAAUCCGGUCUGCUGCGUGGAGUUCGAUCCUUUUGGUGGGGCCUUGGUGGCCGUCGGAUGUGCGGACCGGAGGGCAUACGGGUACGAUGUGCGGAAAAUGGUGGACCCGGUUUUGGUCUUCGACGGGCAUAGGAAGACCGUGACUUAUGUCCGGUUUAUCGACGGGUGUACGGUUGUGACAGCUGGCACGGACGGGUGUUUGAAGCUGUGGGACACGGAGGAUUCGCGGGAGAUUCGGACGUACAAGGGGCACACAAAUAAUCGGAGCUUUGUCGGGUUAUCGGUGUGGAGGAAUGGGGGGCUAAUCGGGUGCGGGUCAGAGGAUAAUAGGGUGUAUGUGUACGAUAAGAGGUGGGGCGAGCCCAUUUGGCUGCAUGGGUUUGGAGCGGUGGGUGAGGGUAGUAGUGGUGGGUGCGAUGAGGAGCUUGGGUUUGUGAGCAGCGUUUGCUGGAGGCAAGUUGACGAGGAGCAAUGCACACUUAUCGCUGGUGGGUCGGAUGGGGAUUUGCAGGUUUUUUUGGGCAGAAGAAAGCCAUUAAUGUUGGAUUAUUAGCAUUUUAACAGCUUUCAUCUCCCAUUAUCCUACUCCAAAUAUUCAUUUGCUGAAAAUUCAAUUAAUUGUUGCAUAUGGAGAGAAGUACUGCUACGAGAAAGUUAAUUUUAGCAGAAAUUAAUAGAAAAAA